GCUCAGUUCUGAAUUUGACGAGCUUCAGUUAUGACUGUUACCUAUACAGCGGACGUUAGCUCCACCAGGCUUAUAAGCAACUUUUUUCGCCUUUUAUUCAGAUGGCGGGGCAGCAUCUACAAGCUGAUCUGGGUGGACUGGCUUGUCUUCCUAACUGUAUAUUUGAUUCUGGCCGUUAUUUAUCGGAAUUGUAUGCAGCAGCAGCAGUUUCGCGCGAGCUUCGAGUCUAUUGUGCUGUACUGCAAUAGCCAAUUGUAUCUGAUACCGUUGUCCUUUGUGAUGGGCUACUUUGUGGCCAUUGUGAUGGGGCGCUGGUGGAAGCAGUAUACGACGAUUCCGUGGCCCGACUCGAUAGCCACGCUGGUCAGUUGCAGCGUGCAUGGCUUUGAUGAUCGCGCCCGGGCCAUGCGUCGCACCAUUUUGCGCUACGUCUGCCUGUGCCAGGUGAUCGUCUUCACGAUGAUCUCGCCCAGCGUCAAGAAGCGCUUCCCCACCUACAAUCAGAUCAUCGAGGCGGGCCUGCUGCAGGAAAGCGAGAAGCGGAUCAUCGAGAACCUGGAUCUGGCAUUUCCCCACUAUCCCAAGCACUGGAUGCCGAUCGUGUGGGCGGCCAGCAUCGUGAUGCGUGCUCGCAGGGAGAACAAGAUACGCGACGACUAUGCCGUGAAGACGAUCAUCGAUGAGCUGAAUCGCUUUCGCGGCCUCUGCGGCUUUCUGCUCUACUUCGACUGGGUGAGCGUGCCGCUGGUCUACACUCAGGUGGUCACGCUGGCCACCUACACGUUCUUCAUGUGCAGCGCGCUUGGCUCGCAGUGGAUAGACAAUCCGAACAGUCAGUCGUCCAAAAAUUUGGUCGUUAAAUACUUUCCGAUACUGGCGAUGCUGCAGUUUUUCUUCUACAUGGGCUGGCUGAAGGUGGCCGAGUCGUUGAUGAAUCCCUUCGGAGAUGAUGACGACGAUUUCGAGGUGAACUGGAUGAUCGAUCGCAAUUUGACGGUGUCUUAUUUGAUUGUGGACGAGAUGCAUCAGGAGCAUCCGGAACUGCUCAAGGAUCAAUACUGGAAUGAAGUCUUUCCCAACGAGCUGCCUUAUAUAGACGAAUCGCAGCGCACGGCCCCCCCGAAACAUUCCACCGCCAAACUAGUUCCAUCAAAGCAAAAUCCGGAUAUGAACUACUUCCUGCCACAGUCAAGACACAGUUUUUUGUCGCAGAACACGUCUACGCCCCUUGACGCAACGACCUCGCUGCAGAAGCUGCGCGAGAUUCUGAAGAACCAAAACGAGUCUGACGAUAAGCCCAGCAGCACCAGCCUGAAUCUGGAGGAGUUGAUCGAGCAGCGCUAUAAGGAGAAAUGCGAGCGCAUGCGUCAUCGUUUCCUCAACAUGCGUAAGCCUUCCUCGACAGGGCGCGGCUAUGUGGUCACGGUGCUGCGUCCGCCCACGCCGCGCAGCAGCCAUAACAGCUUGAUUCAGGCGGAAGAGGAAGAAGAGGAGCACGAAAAGGUGGAUGAGGAGAAUGAAGAGGAGGCGGGGGAGGAGGAACAGACCGUGGAGCGGCCAGACUUCGAUACGACCAACAAAAAGCCCGAUAAAUACAAUUGCACUAAUUGUUAUUGAUGGGUUAAGACACACAC